AGAAAAAUCCUUCCUGUCGGAUCAAUACAUUCGUGACUGGAUCAAAUUUCCCUCCGUGGUGCGUUCAAGUUCAUCCCUUUCAGAGACGUCAGCAUGUAGUCUGCGCUGCUUGCCCCUCUCUGCGCCUCCUCCCUCCCUCCCUUCAGUCGGCUUGGAGGAGAUCUCUGGUGUAGCUGGAGAGGACAAGUCGUCUCUCCGUGCGUGUCUCCCAGCAGCUCCCUCUGCGUGCGCGUUCAUCAUGGAUGUGGAGGCUGGAAGAGUCUGUGGGAUUACCGCCGGCGCCGCGCUGCUGCUCCUUUGCGCGUUUGGGACAAACGCAGGAGCAGAGGUGUGCGACGGUCCGCUGGUGGCCAGCCUGCUGCCGUCCUCCUUCAGGAGCUCCUCUCAGCUGUCCAGCAGCCAUGCGCCAGGCUUCGCCAAGCUCAACAGGAGAGAUGGAGCUGGAGGCUGGUCUCCUCUCAUCUCCGACAGGAGUCAGUGGCUGGAGGUCGACCUGGGCGAGCGGACCAGGAUCACUGCCAUCGCCACCCAGGGCCGCUACGGCAGCUCUGAUUGGCUGACGUCCUAUUUGCUAAUGUUCAGCGAUACAGGACACAACUGGAAACAGUACAGACAGGAGGACAGUGCAGGGUCUUUUCCAGGAAACAGUAAUGCAGACAGCGUGGUUCAGCAUCAGCUGCAGCAGCUUGUGAUCGCUCGCUUCCUGCGCCUCAUUCCUCUGGACUGGAAUCCCAGUGGACGGAUUGGGCUCAGGCUGGAAACUUACGGAUGUCCCUACACCUCUGAUGUGAUGAGUUUUGAUGGCAGCAGCAGUGCUCUGGUGUACAGACCAGAUCCGGGGUCGGGGGAGACCUCCAGGGAUGUCCUCAGUCUGAAGUUUAAAACCCUGAGGAACUCCGGGAUGCUGCUCCAGGUGGAGGAGCAGGACGGGCGUGUUCUCAGUCUGGAGUUAGACAAAGGAAAGCUUCUGCUACUCUUCAGAAGAGGCCGGACUCUGUCCUCUGGGGCCACACAUCUCGCUUCCCUGGGCGGUCUGUUGGACGAUCAGCUGUGGCACCAUGUGACAGUGGAGCGGCAUGGCUCUCACCUCAACCUCACCGUGGACAAGCUCACAGAAAGAGUUCAAAUCCCCACUGAGUUCAGCCACUUGGAGGUUGAAGAGCUAAGAGUGGGAUCAGUUGAUGGUCUAACUUCCCAGAGACCGGCUAUCUCCAAGAGGAACUUCCACGGCUGCCUUGAAAACCUGUUAUACAACAAUCUCCACCUGAUAGAGCUAGCAAAGCAAAAGGAUCACAGAGUUACUGUUACGAGCAAUGUGACCUUUUCUUGUGGCGAGUCCGUUUCCGUUGCUAUGACGUUCAUCGGGCCCCAGAGCUUCCUCCAGCUGCCUGGAAGGACAGCAACCUCCCCUCAGGGACUGUCAGUGGGGUUUCAGUUCAGGACCUGGAGCAAAGCAGGGCUUCUGCUGACCUUUAACCUUCCUCAGCAAGGCGGGGCGGUCUGGUUGUACCUGAGCGAGGCCAAACUCCACCUGCAGAUACAUAAAACUGGCAAAGUGAUCUCUACAGGUGCUGCUUUCAACGAUGGUCAGUGGCAUUCAGUGGAGCUGAGCUCCAGACAAGGCCGUCUGACCGUUGUGGUGGACAGAGAAGAAGGAGGAGGCACUCAGACCAUCUCAUCUCUUCAUCUUGCUGUGGAAAGAAACAUCUACUUUGGUGGUUGUCCUGCAAAUGCCAGUCAGGAGUGCAGGAGCCCCUUUAGCGCCUUUCAAGGCUGCAUGCGAUCACUGACUGUGGACAACCAGGACAUUGACCUCAUUAUGGUGCAACAAAAGCAGCUGGGACAUUACAGCAACCUGCUGAUAGACAUGUGUGGAAUCAUUGACAGAUGUUCUCCGAGUCGCUGCGAGCACGGCGGCCGCUGCUCCCAGUCCUGGACCACCUUUCACUGUAACUGCUCUGACACCGGCUACAGCGGGGCCACCUGCCACAGCUCCGUGUUCGAGCGGUCCUGUGAAGCGUACAAACACAACGGCAACACAUCGGGGUAUUUUUACAUCGACGUGGACGGCAGCGGCCCGAUCAAACCGCAGCUGGUCUACUGCAACAUGACAGAGCAGAACACGUGGAUGAUGAUCCAGCACAACAACACUGAGCUGACCAGAGUCCAACCAUCUCCUGGUGCAGAUCAGCAUCUGGUCCACUUUUCAUACUCCUCAGAGGAAGAACAGCUAUUGGCUGCUAUCAGCCAAUCACAGCAUUGCGAACAGGAGCUGUCCUACCGGUGCAGAAAAUCCCGCCUCCUCAACACUCCAGAGGGCUCUCCGUUCAGCUGGUGGCUCGGUGGUCCCGGUACCGGCCGGGUCCAGACUUACUGGGGAGGGGCUCAUCCAGGCAGCCGGCAGUGUGCCUGCGGCCUGCAGGGCAACUGUGUGGACCUGCAGCACUACUGCAACUGUGACGCCGACCGCGGCGAGUGGACUGAAGAUGCCGGCCUGCUCACCCAGAAGGAGAGCCUCCCGGUGAGGUCUCUGGUGCUUGGUGAUGUCCACAGACCGGGCUCAGAGGGUGUCUAUCGAGUGGGUCCACUCCGUUGUCAUGGAGACAAGAACUUCUGGAACGCGGCGUUCUUUGAUAAGGAGACGUCCUACCUCCACUUUCCCACCUUCCACGGAGAGCUGAGCGCCGACAUCUCCUUCCUGUUCAAAACCACGGCCUCCUCCGGGGUGUUCCUGGAAAAUCUGGGCAUCAAAGACUUCAUUCGGAUUGAACUCAGCUCCUCUUCUCGGGUGGUGUUCUCUCUCGACGUCGGGAACGGCCCGCUUGAGGUUUACGUCAACUCAAGCGCCCCGUUGAAUAACAACCGGUGGCAUCGUGUUCGAGCCGAGCGGAACAUCAAAGAAGCGACGCUCCGAUUGGAUGAUCUGCCCGUCGCAACUCAGGCAGCUCCUGCUGAUGGACACUUCAGCCUGCAACUCAACAGCCAGCUGUUCAUCGGAGGAACGGCGUCCAGACAGAAGGGCUUCCGCGGUUGCAUCCGCUCUCUGCAGCUGAACGGCGCCACUCUGGACCUGGAGGAGAGAGCCAAGAUCACGCCGGGGGUCCGGCCCGGCUGCCCGGGUCACUGCAGCAGCUACGGCUCGCUCUGCCACCACCAGGGCCGCUGCGUGGAGAGAGACAACGGCUUCCACUGCGACUGCAGCCAGUCGGCUUACAGCGGAGUCUUCUGCCACACAGAGGUGUCGGCCAGCUUCAGGUCAGAAACGGCCCUCAGCUACACCUUCAAGGAGCCCUUUGAGGGCGUCCGAAACGGCAGCGCUCUGCCCUUGUCCAUGUACUCGGACCUGACCCUGAGAGGAGAGAACGUCUCUCUGAGCUUCAGGACGACCCAGAGCCCGGCUCUGCUGCUGCACAUCGGCUCCCGCCACGACGAGCAUCUGGCGCUGCUCAUCAACAAACACGAAAAGCUGGAGGUGAGAUACAAGCUGGACGGCAGCAGAGAGGCUGAAGUGCUGAGGAGCAGCGCGAGGAACCUGGCCAACGGACAGCUGCACUCUGUCACCGUCCACAGACGGGCUCAGGCCGUGGCGGUGCAGGUUGACGAGAGUGUCAGGGAAUUCUUCAACCUGACAGCUGAUGGGGACUUUGAUGGCAUCACGUCGCUGGAGUUGGGCAGAGUCUACAAUUCUGACCACAUGGAUCCACACCUGGCCAGGUUGGCGUCUCUGGGUUUCACCGGCUGCCUGUCAGUGGUUCAGUUCAACUCCAUCAGUCCCCUGAAAGCGGCUCUGCUGCAUCCAGACACCAGCCCAGUCCACAUAAGCGGGCCUUUGGUUCAGUCCGGCUGUGGCUCUGCCGCCUCAGCCAAACCCCACGCAGCCGAGAACACACACCACCUUUCAGACCAGCCCGGUUCAGUGGGUUCUGGUCAACCUUUAGUCAAUGCCAUCAGGACUGACUCGGCGCUGAUUGGAGGUGUCAUAGCUGUGGUCAUCUUUGUGACCGUGACCGGCCUGGCCAUAGCUGCCAGAUUCCUGUACCGAAGGAAAGACACCUUCCAGAACCAGGAGGGGAAGCGGGUCAAACGGGAGGACAGUCCGGAGUUUCCCUUCAACAAUCAGCCUGAUUCCCAGACCCUCUCCUCGGAAAACCCAAAGGAGUAUUUCAUCUGACAGGAGCCGGCCCGACCCCAUGAGCUGCUGCUGUUUUUGAGCCUUUCCCACCCCGACGGGAUUUACAGUGCACUCAAGCGGACACUUCUCAGGCAGAGGACACAAAGGAACAAUUCACACAGUGUUGUGUUUCUGUGGCUUUACUGUAAAUGAUACAAAGCAGCAACAGUGUCGGAUGAACACACGUUUUAACUGCAAAGGUUUAAAUGUUGAUUCACAUCAUUGCAGCGAUCACACCUUUGAAUUGAUUAAAUCAUGAUUGUUAUUGAAGACGGGCUCGUAGAGAGGUCACAGCCAAACGGUUGAGUGUUUUGACACAUUUUUGUGAGAUCACUCACACUCAUCCAUGAACUUUUCCUCUUUUUAUCUUUAGGGUUUUUACUUUUCUUUUGAGUAUAUGAGUUUGUAAAGAUUAUUUAAGUGGAAUUUUUUUCUCCAAACAACUGAUUGAAAAUACUGAAAAAUAAAUGUAAGUUUUUCAAACUUUAAA